GCUUGCUGGGUGCGGGCUGCAGCUCAAAGAUGGCGGCGGAGGAGCCUCUGCAGAAGCCGGAGCCGCUGGGGGGGGACACGGAUGGAGUUAACUGUCUGGCGUACGACGAAGCCAUCAUGGCUCAGCAGGAUCGCAUCCAGCAGGAGAUCGCCGUCCAGAACCCCCUGGUGUCGGACAGACUGGAACUGUCAGUUCUGUACAAGGAAUACGCGGAGGACGAUCACAUCUAUCAACAGAAGAUCAAGGACCUGCUCAAAAAGUACUCGUACAUCCGGAAGACGCGGCCCGAUGGCAACUGCUUCUACCGGGCAUUUGGCUUCUCGCAUCUGGAGGCCCUACUGGAGGACAGCAAGGAGCUGCAACGGUUCAAGGAGAUCUCUGCCAAAAGCAAGGAGGACCUGGUGUCCCAGGGCUUCACAGAGUUCACAAUCGAGGAUUUCCAUAACACGUUCAUGGACCUGAUAGAGCAAGUGGAAAAGCAGAUCACGGUCUCCGAGCUCCUGGCCUCCUUCAACGACCAGAGCACCUCCGACUAUCUGGUGGUGUACCUGAGACUGCUGACCUCCGGCUACCUACAGCGCGAGAGCAAGUUCUUCGAGCACUUCAUCGAGGGAGGCCGCAGCAUCAAGGAGUUCUGCCAGCAGGAGGUGGAACCCAUGUGCAAAGAGAGCGACCACAUCCACAUCAUCGCCCUGGCUCAGGCCCUGAACGUGUCUAUCCUGGUGGAGUACAUGGACCGGGGCGAGGGUGGAGGCACUAACCCCCAUGUCUUCCCAGAGGGCUCGGAGCCCAAGGUGUAUCUACUGUACAGACCGGGACACUACGACAUCCUGUAUAAAUAGGUGCCGUCCAGCUGCCUCCGCUCCCUCCCCCCAGGCGUCCCGUGGCCCCUCCCUCCCCACACCGGCAGUCUCUGUGGUUGUAAAUGGUAAUCUCGCGCGCUGCUCUCUCUCUUUGUUUUCUGUUGUUACACUCGCCCUGCUGUGUUUUAUUAAAGGGGAUGCUGGUGAAUGGA